CAUCACGUCCAGGAUCGGACUCAUCUCUCCUUGCAGAGUGUCGCCGACUGACUUCUCUGAGUUGCAGGUAUGACGAUGCUACACUGGUGCCUGCUGGGAUUUACAAUGCUGCUGCUGGUGUGCGAGAUAGCGAUCAGUGAGCUCUGCUCGUCCACCAUGAUCCUGGUGGAUAGUUUCCACACCCUCUUCAUCCUCAUGCGCAUUUCCCUUCAAACUGUGCUUCCCUCUAUGGAAUCCCCCGAGUCUCCACCUGCAUCCCCCGAAUCUCCACCUGCAUCCCCCUCCUCUAUAAAACCUGCAGAAACACCUGUCGAAUGUCUACCUGGCACCGACACUGCUCCAGUCACCUGUGGCUCAUCCACCCUAAAUGAACCACUCAAUUCUCUACUUAACCAGGAAGGAGCCUCAUCAUUAAGCUCUCAUCAACUCUGCCCCCCCACAGUCUCUCCUCCAACUCUUGGCUGUGGUGUCUCCUACAGCAAAGGCCGGAUUCAGGUAAUGGGGGAAUUCAUUUCCAGCCUCACCCUCUCUUCUCUGAGUAUAUCCUACCUACUGAACCUCAUCAGCAUUUCCAUGGAGCCAGAGCCAGUGCAGCAUCCUGUGUUGCUUGUUCUGGUCACAGUGGUCACUUUGCUCUACAAGAUGCUGGUGCUCAAGCUUUGUUGGGGUGAACUGCAGGGGGAGAGGUUUGGAUCCAGCAAGCCAACAGGAGCCAAAUCUCACCUUCAAGGAGACUCCAAAGGCCUGGCCGAGCCGGGGCGAGUCCUCAGUGACGUCACCCGAGUCCAAUCUGCUGCGGACGACUCGCUCAACAGCGGGGCUCUUGUCCUUUACAACCCUGGAGCCACCAGCAUUAUGGACUCUGACUCCCAGACCCCACAACUGUGGCGGCCAGACAUUCACCUGCAUUCAAACACAGAAAUGUCUGAGGACAGUACCUGCAUGGGACACCUUGACAGUCAAAAAGAAUCAAGUAUCACCUCAGUUUGCAAGUCGUUACAAGUCGAGAGUCCCGAGCGCAGUGGCCAGUGGCCGGUCUGGCUGCUGUCGCUCCUCAUGACGUUUGAGGUCCUUUUCACCUCAGUUCUGGCUGUGACCAACAGCACAGUGGUGCUGCUGGUCGGCCCGCAGUGUCUGCUCAGCUCCACAGCCUGUGGCCUCCUGACUUACCUGAACCUUGGUCUGUCUCUGCUGGCUGUGAUUAUACUGAUCAUCAUAACGAUACCACAGUUGCACAAAUAUGGACUGUUGCUGCUACAGGCGGCACCUCCACACCUCUCUGUGUCUGACCUUGGACAGAGGAUUGCGAGAGUCCCUGGAGUGAGGGCUGUGCAUGAGUUGCACCUCUGGCAGUUAACUCCGUCAUUCCUGGUGGCCACUGUCCAUGUACAGUGUCAGUCUUGUUUUCCAGCACACAGGUGUGCCGAUCUGAUGUUGGAGGUCACUAAGGUGCUGCAGAGCAUAGGCGUGGGCUGCUGCACCAUACAGCCGGAGUUUGUAUCAUGCAGCGAGUGUUCUGCACUCUCCCUACCUCCUCCAGCCUGCAGCCUCGCCUGUGGAAAGGCCUGCACUGGGUCCAUGUGCUGCUACUUCCUGGAAGAACAGACCAGCAGUGUGACGGCGCCACCAGCUGGAGAAGCCAAGGAAGACCAUCAGACUCUUCAGUCUGUCAUAGAAAACACCUCCCUCUGAACAACCAGUGUCAUACUUGAUUAAAAUGAAACUACCAACACAUGAUAAGUACAGUAUUGAAGUUCUAAUUUGAAUGUUCCUUCAUUACCUCCAUCAAGGAGGUUGUGUUUUUGCCGGUGUUUGUCCGUCUGUCUGAUUGUGAGUAGCAUAACAAAGGAUUUUGAUUACAUUUUUUGUUGGUGGCUCAAGGAAGAAGUAUCUUGGUGGUAAUCUGGAUAUGGAUCUAGCUUGAGGAUCUAUUUUUGAAUAAUUGUUUACCCUGCAGUUCAGCGUUUUGUAAUGUACAAUGUAGGUCUACGUUACUGUAUGGUCAGGAUCCAGAUCUGAAGCAUGAAAAGAACAUUUUAAAGUGACAUUUUCCUAAAUGGUUUCCUUGUUGUUUAUUGUGCCAUACUGUAACUAAGUUCUAUGGUUUUCGUUUUUGAAAGAUUUCACACAUGAGGAUCCACAUCACAUAUUUAAUAAUAAUGUGUUUCUGUAUGAUCAUAAUAAAAUUUGUGGUGCUAUUCUUCA